UCAGAGCAGGCUAAGGACAGACUGAACCGAGCCGAGCCAGGACAUAGAGCAGGGGGGAGGGGGCACAGAUUAAGUCAGAUUAGAACAGAUUAUCCAGCAAACAGAAAGCAGCUCUGAGACCAGAGAGAGAGCACAGGAACCAGCAGGAACCAACAGGUCAGCUCCAACCAGCAGGAACCAGCAAGAACCAACAGGAACCAACAGGUCGGCUCCAACCAGCAGAAUCCAACAGCAACCAACGGGUCAGUUACAGCCAGCAGGAACCAGCAAGAACCAACAGGAACCAAGUGGAACCAGGAGAAACCAACAGGUCAGCUCUAACCAACAGGAACCAGUAAGAACCAACAAGUCCCAACAGGUCAGCUACAACCAACAGGAACCAAGUGGAACCAACAGGAAUCAGCAGGAACCAACAGGAACCAGCAAGAACCAACAAGACCCAACAGGUCAGCUCUAACCAGCAUGAACCAACAGGCCAGCUACAACCAACAGGAACCAAGUGGAACCAACAGGAAUCAGCAGGAACCAACAGGAACCAGCAAGAACCAACAAGACCCAACAGGUCAGCUCUAACCAGCAUGAAUCAACAGGUCAGCUACAACCAACAGGAACCAAGUGGAACCAACAGGAAUCAGCAGGAACCAACAGGAACCAGCAGGAACCAACAGGUCAGCUCCAACCAGCAUGAACCAACAGGUCAGCUACAACCAACAGGAACCAGCAAGAACCAACAGGAACCAGUUAGAACCAACAGGAACCAGCAAGAACCAACAGGAACCAGCAGGAACCAAGAGGAACCAACAGGUUAGCUACAGCCAGCAGGUACCAGCAGGAACCCACAGGAGCCAUCAGGAAACAACAGGAAUCAAUUGGUCAGCUACAACCAACAGGAACUAGCAGGAACCAGUGGGAACCAACAGGAACCAACAAGACAGCUCCAACCAGCAGCAACCAGCAGGAACCAACAGGUUAGCUACAGCCAGCAAGUAUCAGCAGAAACUAAGAGGACCCGGCAGGAACCAACAGGAACCAAGAGGAACCAGUAGGAACCAACAGGAACCCACAGGAACCAUCAGGAAACAACAGGAACCAGCUGGAACCAACACGUCUCCAGAACCAGAAAUGAGAGCUGCUCCAUUAUCAUUGUUAUUCAUAUAUCUGGAUGUAUUCAUUGUUUUUAAAAUCAGGGCGUCAUGAUGGGUUCUGUUGGGUUCUGGUGUAUAGAUGUUCAGUGGAUCAUGUUCUCUAUUCCUGUGGCUAAAUGAGCUUAAUAAAACUGAACUCAUUUUUACAAAGUGUUUUUACUGAGCAUGUUUUAUUUUGAAGGCUCCAGAGUGUUCCUGUAGUGUUUGGACAGAACGUUAAACAAACGUUUAAAUCAGGUUUGUUUGAUUCUCAGCUGGUUUUCUUUGCAUGAACUUUGAUUUUAUUGAUUAUUGAAUAUUUAAUUUUUUUAGUUUUUUAAAUUUUAUUUCAGCCUCGGCUCUGACGUCACGCUCUAGCCCCGCCCCCCGUAAACCAACAGAAACAAAAUGGCGGCCCGCUGUGACGGUGUGCUGUUGUUUUGGCGCCACUCGGCCUCCAUGUUGUCUUCUUGGUGUGUGUCUGAGUCUGUCUGCGGUUCUGGUCUCGGUCGGUCCAGUUCUGGAGCCGUUUAACGCCUCCGGACCGAAACCGGAUGGACUUCAGGUCCUCCAAAAACAUUUACGCCGACCAAUCAGAGACGGCGCUGUCUGAGGAGGAAGUGACGUAAGCAGCUGUGAGCCAAUCUGCGGCUCCGACACGGCAGCAGCAGGAGGAAGACCCGCCUCCUGACGAACCGGAGCGCGCCUCUAGAAGAACCGUGCGAACCCGUCCGUGCUCCGCUGACCCGCUCUGCAGCACCAGCACCAGCAACAUGGAUACAGAGUUGUUCAUGGAGUGUGAGGAGGAGGAGCUGGAGCCAUGGCAACAGGUGGACGACAGCGUGGAGGAAGACGACGUGGACUUCAUGGACAGCUACCGUGAGCCAGUGGAGGAUUCUCCAUCUCCUCUUCCAGCCUCUGAGUCUCCGCCCCCUCAGAUGCCUCCACCUGCUUCAUCAGCCUCCUCUCCAGUCCAGAUCUUCUCCUCCUCGGUGAUGGCUCCUCCUCCGUCCUCCGUCAUCACCUCCUCCUCUGUCUCCCGACUCCCCGCCCCCUGCACACCUGCCCCCGUGGCCCCACCCCUGGUGGCUCAAGCCCCGCCUCUCAUCCUGACGCAGACGGCAAGUGGAACGUUCCUCCUCCCAGCAGCCCACGGAGCAGGCAACACCCGGUCCAUCCUCCUCACCACACAGGGUUUCCCGAUGAUGAACCACGGCACUCCUCUGCUGUUGAACCUGCAGCCGGGUCAGACGAUGCAGCCUCUCACUCUGAUCCAGUCGCCAUCGUUGGGUCAGCUGGUACGACCCAGUGUGGGCGUGUCCCCUGUCCUGCCCCAGACCAGACCGAGCCCUGCCCCCUUGAGAGGCCCCGCCCAACCAGGCUCCGCCUUCACCGCCAUGCAGCUUCCUGCCGCGUUAACUAUCCGUACCAGCACACCAGGACCCGUUAACCUUCAGAUGACUCAGGUGGGCGGGGCCAGCUCUCUGAAGCUCGCAGGUUCUCCCGCCCUUCCCUCCGGCUCGGCCAAUGGAGUCACCAGGAUCAGUCCGUUCAGCAGCAGCCGGACGAUGAGGGAUACCGCUCCUGUCGUCAUGACGCCCCCUGUGACCUCAACGCCGACCUCCGACCCCCCCCGGGUGGUGAUGAGCGUGGAGGAGUUUUACUACGGCACUUUUGAAGGCGACCUGAGUCUGAGGAAGCCACACCCACUGGGAAUCAAAACAUCGACCUUCACCUGCCAGAUCUGCACGCACCUUGCCGAGAACAACCUGAGGUUGAUGCAGCACAUGCUCCAGCACUCGGAGCUGAUUGGUGGAGGAGGAGAAGGUGACAACAGGAAGUGCUGUAAGUUCUGUUACCGUCAGUUCUCGUCUCCGGCUCAGCUGCAGAGCCACCAGGAUCAGGUGCACGGCCCGGUCCUCUCCACCUGUAUGUGUCGAAUAUGUGAGUGGGCAUUUGAGAACGAGCCGGCCUUUCUGAACCACAUGAAGUCUAACCACAAACCUGGAGAGAUGCCCUACAUCUGUCAGGUGUGCUCGUAUCGCUCAUCCUUCUACUCAGACGUCCUGCAGCACUUUGCCAGCUUCCACAGAGAAUCUCGCUUCCUGCUGUGUGUUUUCUGCUUGAAGGUGACCAGAAACCCAACCAGCUACCAGCAGCACCUGCUCAGACACCAGGUGAAUCAGGCCUUCCACUGUAACAGGUGUCGUCUUCAGUUCGUCUUCCUCAAAGAUAAGAUGCAGCACAAACUGGAAAACCAUCGAAGCUUCAGGCGCCCGACUCAGCUGGAGGGACUGCCACCGGGGUCAAAGGUGACCAUCAGGACCUAUGGGAAGGUCCGGCCACUGAUGACCUCAGCAGGCAGCAGGCUGUUCCAGAGCCCCUCCUCCCUCAUCCAGCCAAUCAACAUCAAGACAGAGCUGCUGAAGUCUCCGAUCCAGAGGAGUCCGGCGCUCGCCAAGUCACCGCGAUCCCCGACGAAGAGGCCGGUCAGCCGCAGAGACCACGUCAGCAGGUUGGACGGGGACAGGUUGGUGUGUCUGGAGUGUGGGACAGACGCCUCGGACUUCUCAGCUCACUACCCCACUCACGUCCACUGUCUGCUGUGUCCGUACAGCAGCUGCUGCUCCAGAGCCUACGCUGCCCACAUGAUCCAUCACCAUGUCUUGCGGUCCAAAGACAAAGUCGUCCCUCUGCACAGACGACCUCCUCCAUGUGUGUUCGUGCUGUGGUGCUCUCACUGUGGCUUCAGGCCUCGCUCUGCAGAUCAGAUGGCCGAUCACCUGCUGAUGAACCCGGAGCACCACAGCGCCACCUGCCGCACCAGGACGUACGUUGAACCCGAUAUCCGGUUCUGCCACAGUGACGAGCAGCGUUAUCCAGAGGAGAAGGAACUGGCCCAGAACACAGACCUACCUGAUCCAUCCUGGAGGUCCGCAGAUUGUUGGAAAUAUCCAGCAGAGGACGACGGCCAGUCCACCAUCGAGUCCUUCACGCAGAGCAGCGGGCCACGUCACUUCCUGUCCAAGAACAGCGACGCCAUCGACUUCUUCAACUUGGUGUUCCCUGCGCCACUCAUGGAACUGAUCACCAACGAGACCAACGCCCACGUGAAGACCUGCCAGUUCCUGGGCUCCUCCUACCCAGACUGGGUCCCCGUCACCACCCAUGAGGUCAAAGGUUUCAUUGGCCUGGUCAUUCUGAUGGGCAUCCAGAACCUCCCCGACCCAUCCCACUACUGGUCUUGGAGUCACUACGACAACAGCUACACCUUCUAUCGUGCCAUGAGUUACAAACGCUUCAAGCAGAUUGCUGCCAACAUCCGCAUGGGCAGUUUCACCACGGACGAAUACCGCAGCACCAGCAGGUUGAACGACUCGCUGCACAUAUUCAGGCCGAUGCUGGACAUCCUGGGCGGAGCAAUGUGGGACGCCUACCAGCCAAACUGCUGCCUCACCAUCGACAGGGCGCUGCUGCCAAGCCUGGAUGAGGACAGCUGCCACGCCAAGGGCAACCCAAAGACACAGCCUCAGGUGUGGUUGCUGUGUGACUCCAAGUCCGGCUACUGCCACCGCUUCUUCAUCCAGGUGGGGGAGAAGGUGGGCCAGGAGCCGGGCUUCAUUGUGGUGCCCGAGCUGGUGAAGGGUCUGGAAGAUAAACAACACCAUCUUUUCUUGGCUAGUUCGCUGACAUCCGUCCCGCUCAUGCAGAAGCUUCUGGAUCAGGGGAUCUAUGCCUCCAGCUCCUUCCCUCCACCCAACCCCAUCCUGCCCAGGGAGCUCUGGGAGGAGGGCCAGCUGGACAAUCCUGGGGACUUCCUGCAGAGGCAGUUUGGUCCCCUGCUGGCCACUCGAUGGAGGGACACCAAAGAAAUGGGCUGCCUGUCAACCAAUGCAGCUCCGGGCGAGCAGGACACUGUUUGGAGGAGGUCUCAGACCAAAGUGGGCGGACUGGACCCCAUUGAUCGCCCCAUGGCCUUCCGCCUCCUGCAGGAGAACAUGCGUGGUGUGGACAUCUGCAAGCAGCUGCUGGCCUGCAACCCGCUGGGAGGAAUCCCCCAGGACCGACACUGGCGCAGCCUUUUCUGGUUUCUGGUCAACCUGAGCAUCGUCAAUGCCUUCAUCGUGCUGCGGGAGAGCCGCAAAGAAAACCCUCCCGCCUGGGUUCAAGAUGGACUUUUCACUCAGGUCAACUUCCGCAAGCGUUUGGGCAACCAGCUCGCUAAGUGUGCCCAGAAAUACUUUGAGACCAUGGAGAUCGCCAGUUCCCGAGGGAUGAGGGUGGAGGUGGUGGAGGAACCAGUUAAACAAAGACACAGGAUGGCAAAGAUCAGCAGCAUCUCCAAGAGGUGCAAGAACUGCAACCUGAAGAGCAUCCGCCAUGAGAGUGUGUACGGCUGCAUCGUCUGCAAGUCCAACCUGUGCAAACAACCCAGCUGCUUCUGGGAGUUUCACGGCAUGUCGCCUCUGAACAAAGGAUCAACUAAAGUUGGAUUUCUAAAGGACAGAGUCAGCGGUGCCGUCGAGGUGAACGAGGUUCAGGACAGCGUAGACGGGGCAAUGGCUCCGGUGGAGGACAUGGACUUCUCUGAUGAUGAGCGUCUGGAUGAUUUGGACGACGUUGAUGAUGAAACUGAAGAUAUUAAAGAAGAAGAUCUCAAAGAAGACAAACGACCAGUGGCUCAGCUGCCGCCAACAACCAGUGACCACAGCCAACUGCCAACCAUCUUGUCCGCCUCUAAAGAUCGCGACGACUUCCUCACUGCACGUCAGCUGAGGAUCGCCCUGUUCGCUCUGUGUGACGGACUCCGCCAAGCCUCGAGGGUCUUUUCCACAGACGUGCAGCUCAUCCGGUCCUGGCUUAAGGAGGCCAGGAAGCGUCUGAAGCAAACCGAGCAGGAACAUGGUGACGGCGAUGAUCGCAUGGUGGCGUGGGUGCUGUCCAUGCGCGAGCAACAGCUUUCAAUCACAGAGAGCAACUUGUUCCACAAAGCCUCCACGCUGAAGAAGAAGGGCGGCUUCAGCGACUCCUUCCGCAUCUCCUAUGACUGGGCGGUGAGCUUCAUGCUGCAGCACCGACUCGGUGUGCGGAGCAUCGGCAGGGAGCCCACGCUGGCUCACGUCCUGCCACUUUCCCUGGAGGCCAAGAUCAAGUCCUUCAGGGAGUUCACCCAGGAGGUGAUCCAGGUCAACAAGCUGUCAGAGGGCUGUGUGGCUGCAAUGGACGAGCUGUGUCUCUUUGUGGAUCUGAGGUUAGUUCAGGACAAGUCUCGCCGCUCAGAGGCCCUGGAGCUCACUGGGUCUUUACCUCUGGUCACUGUGUACCUGACCGUGCUGGCCAGUGGUAUCAUGCUGCCGUCCCUGGUGCUGGCAAACAGGCAGCUGGCUGAGAAGGCCCUGCCGGACUUCAUCGUGCUGGAGGCCGGUCCUGAGAGUCUGUUAGUAGAAGAAGCCUUGGACCUCUGGACUAACCGGGUUUGGCUCCAGCAUGUGUCUGGUCCAGCUCAGCCCAGUAAGUCCAUGCUGGUCCUGGACCGACACCGGGAACACUUUGGAGAUUUGUUCAUUACUUCCAUCAGUGGGUCAGGAACUCUCCCGGCCAUCAUCCCCAGCGGCUGCUCCUUCCAUCUUCAGCCGCUGGAGGUCUGUGUGAAGCCAGUUCUGCAGCGCUUCCUGCUGUCACGCUGGGCAGAGUUCACCGCCAUGAAGCCGAAGGAGCUGGAGGAGACGUUGCCUCAGCGGCUUCAAGCUAACGUGGCUCAGCUGCUCGUCAGUUGGGUGGUUGAGGCCCUGACACACCUGAACAAACGCCCACAGCUUUGGAAGAAGUCGUUUGACUUGACGGGCCUCCUGCCCCGGCACAAAGAGAAGGACGAGCAGGGGACGAGUCCAAAACAACAGGAUGUCCAGAUGGACCUCAUCAAGACCCUCACAGAGACCCUGCUGGGACCCGUAAGUCUGCAAGUCCCUGAGCUUCUCGAGCUGGAAGACGACGAGGACGUCAAGGAACAAGGACAAGGACAAGAACAAGGAGAGGAGGACAGAGAAGGGGAGAAGGGAGUGACCGAAGACAGGAAGGAGAUGAGGGAGGACAAGAAGGAGAUGAGGGAGGAGGUAGGGAAGGAAACAAAGGAGGGAGGGAGGCUAGAGGACACAGGAAAUAAAGGAAAGGACACAAUCAUAGAGAGAGUGGUGACAGGAGAGGACAGGAGUGAGACAAGGGAAGACAGGAAGGAGACAUGGGAGGACAGGAAGGAGAUGGAGGAGGAAGGGAAGGAGACAAAAGAAGACAGGAAGGAGACAAGGGAGGACAGAAAGGAGGAAGGAGAGGACAGAAAUGAGACAAGGGAGGACAGAAAGGAGAUGAAGGAGGAAGGGAAGGAGACAGCAGAGGACAGAAAUGAGAUAAGGGGGGACAGGCAGGAGGAAAUGAAGAAGCUUGAGGAGGACAGUGAGGAGGAAGGGAAGGAGCAAGAGGAGGACAGGAAGGAGGUGAGUAAGGAGAGACGAGAAACGAGGAUCGUGAUCGGAGAGGAAGUAGGAGACGAGUGGAAGAUCACAGUGAAGAGCAGGACUGAAGGGGUGGAGGCUGACAGAGAGGACGAGCGGAAGGACGACAGCUGAACACCUGACCAGGUAUACCUGACGUCUGAUGUGCCAUUUGGCACUUCUUUGGGACAUUUUGCAGAAACCAGCUGGACUGAGUUAACAUUGGUUUGUCCUGAUUUUGACGAAGCCCUGAACCCACCACGUAAAGACAAAGUGACUUUUAGAAGUCUGCCUCAACGCACUUUGCAGACGAUUUGAUCUGAUUUAAAGUCUUGUGGUGUUUUUCUGACUUCAUCCAAUCAUCUUUAGGUUUAGAGACCAGCCAAUCAGCCAAGAUCUUCCCCCAGGAGUCACCAACCAAGACAAGAUGCAGCCCCCGAACCAAAGUCAUCAUAAAGUUCAAUGUACUACCUUCCAGUGAACAGAACCUCUGAACCGGCAGUGUCCAGUCUAACAGUGAACAC